AUGGUCUUCACGAUCAUCAUUCGCAACCAUGAAUGGCUCGCAGCAGGCGCUACAGUCUCUGUGCUCACUUAUUCCGGAGUAGCCGCGGUCCAUUCGCUCAUUCUCUUUGCAGCAAAUAACAGAUUGGAUCAACAGCAGGCGAAGACCCGUUGUGAAUUGAUACCGAUUCCAGGCUCCAAUAAUCAAUUCUUUGCAUGCGCUGGUAGCAACGACCCCGAUGUCAGUGUGAUUGUGCACGUAGUGACUGCCGUCAUGCUGGGAGCUUUGCCUAUGGCAGCUUGGUCGACUACAUUCAGAAAAUCAGCAAGCAAAUCGAUACUCAUAUUUUGGAUUCUGCUCCUAGCCGUGGGUCACACAUUCUACCCUUUGACCCUCACCAAUCAGAAUUUUCACUUUCAAAUAUGCCCGAUGGAUCAUGUCGAACCCCUCCCCAGAGCCAACUUUCGUGCUCUUGUUUUAGAUGAAGCCUGGUCUAAGUCCUUUCGUACACUCGUCGAGGCAUCACAACAAGCAUCUCCAGCCUUUGAGAAUGGCACUGUUCCCGCCUGCCUCUACUCCUGCUUUGCUACAACAGCUUACAUUGGACGUGGCAGUCAGGAUGUCAUGGUCUCUCCCACAAUCAAACGGAAUCCUUUCCUAAAGAGCAGUAUAGAGGAAAGGCUUUCUAUUGUCAUAUUCUGGUGGGCCUACACCUUCCUCGCCCUCCUCACUCUCUUCACCACCGAGAAGCAGAGCGUUGUUCCCGGGUGGGCUCGCAAGCGAGUCUGCUCUGUUGGGUUUGGCCAACGAUCAUGGAUAUUACUAUGGAAAUGGGAGAAACAAAACAAGGAAGCUAGCAAACCACUCAAUAUGGGCGGAGCUGGAGGCGAUGAUACUAUUACAGCUCACUCCUUGACAGCGGCUAGACCUCAUCCUGCGAGACUUUUUCAGAUCACACUCCUACAUUUGAUUCAAUUCUUAACUCAACUUAUCAGCGUAAUCGCAUUCGGGGGCACCAUCUUGUAUAACGAGAUAACAGAGUCUCGACAAGGCAUGUGGAUAGAGGUAGAACAAUUUACAGCUGUCGGUCAAUGGAAUUAUGUCGCGGUUGUAUUACUAGUGCUCUUUGCGGCAGUCGUGAGCCGAAAAUGGACCGCCGCUGGAAAGGCUACGAGCUUAGAGAAGGGAGAUGAGUGGCAUAGCGAGGAGCGGAUUGGUAUGGAAGAUUGGGAUUGUAGAGUUGGAUAUGCCUCGUGA